UGAAAAUAUUUCUCAUUUCUGUCAUCCAUGGCGCGAAUUGCUGUGAUUUCUUGGAGGCAUUACUCAUCUCGUCUGCGCCUAUUAUAACUACACUCGGGAACGGAAUGGUUUUAACAUAUCAGCCAUGCCAACCGAAAUCGCUACCUUCGCCUCAGGAUGCUUCUGGGGUGUUCAGCAUAUCUUCCUCAAGCACUAUCCUGAGGGCAAAGGAAUAAUCAACACCACCGUGGGCUACACUGGUGGCAAAGCAGACGCGACGAGCCCGGACUACAAGACUGUCUGUACAGGCUCGACGGACCACGCAGAAGCGGUCAAGAUAGAGUUUGAUCCGGCAGUGGUGGGGUAUGAUGAGCUCGUUGAGUUUUUCUACCGCACCCACGACCCAACGACUUUGAACAGCCAAGGCAAAGGACACCGGUACACAAUAUCGUUCCGCCAUCUUUACACGUUCUCCCGACCAAGCGGCUGUUGCCAGACGUGUGACGGAAGAGGUGCAGGAGCAGAAACACUUUACACCGUCAGGAAGGAAGAUCGUCACCGAGAAUCGUCGAGGCCGGACCUUGGUGGGAACGCGGAGGAGUACCACCAGCUGUAUCUGUUCAAGAACCCCGAUGGGUAUCAGUGCCCGAAUCAUCGUUUGCAUUGGUAGAAGCACGAUACUUCCAGACAGAUUGUACAGGGCAUGUCUUCCUCUUGACAUCACAUGAAUAAUCCCAUUUUCGCUACCUGUACCUGCUCUACCAUCCCUUUCAAAGUAUCACAGUAAAUGUCCGAAGCUGCCGACUCCUCUCAAAAGUGAAUCUCAGGGCGAAGAGAUUUUUUUU